AUGUUCUGGAGAUUUGGCGGUUACGCCAACAUAUCCACCAUCGACACCAUCCUCGAGAAACCAGAUUUCACCGUCGAAGACCUCCUUGACGAGAGCGACCUGAUCCAAGAGCUCAAGCAGCACAAUACAAAACUUAUCGAGUAUCUCCGCGAGGACAACGUCCUCAAGACAUUGCUCGAAUACGUCGUUGCCCCCAAACUAGAGCCCGUCGCCACCCCGGAAACAGAUGAACCCGUCGAAGAGACCAAGGGCAAGGGCCGCCUCCUCCCCUUCUCAAGACCCCGCGCCUCUUCGCGAGCGACCGACAUCGAGAAUGAGGAGGAGGAACAAGAGAAGAAGCGGAACCGCUAUGCCUACGUUGCUGCAGAAGUCCUGUCAUCGGACACGUGGUCCAUCUACGAGGCCAUGAUGGAAAAUCAGCCCCUGAUUCGCGAAUUCUGGCAGUUCCUGAAGCGCCCUACACCCCUGGACCCUCUGCAGGCCAGCUACUUCACCAAGGUCAACGAGGCUCUGUUUGACAAGAAGACGGAGGAAAUGGUGAUUUUGCUCAAGUCGCUGCCCGACGCCGUGUCCGACCUUCUCCGCCAUGUCGAGUGCCCGAUGAUCAUGGACUUGCUGCUCAAGAUCAUUGCUCUGGACCGCACCGAGGGUGGCCAGGGCAUCGUGGAGUGGCUUUACUCCCAGGAUGUUGUGCCAACCUUGCUCUCAUGCCUCAGCCCCGAGCACAGCUGGGUCGUCCAGACGGCUGCCGGCGACUUCAUCAAGGCCAUCAUCACCAUUUCCGCCAACGCUUCGCAAAACGAGCAGCAGUGCAUCGGCCCCAACGAGCUUACCCGCCAGCUGGUGUCGCAGCCUUGCAUCGAGCAACUGAUCAAGUACAUGCUAGGAGGUGGAAACCCGCUAACCGUGGGUGUUGGUAUCAUCAUCGAAGUGAUCCGGAAGAACAACUCAGACUACGAUCCCGAUGUCGGCACCGAAGCCAACUCCGUCCCAUCGAGCCGCGAUCCAAUCUACCUGGGCACCCUCCUCCGCCUGUUCGCGGAACAUGUCCCCGACUUUGUCAACCUCAUCAUGAACACCCCCGUGAAGAAGCAGCGACUGGGGUCCACUUUUGGCGAGAAGAUUGAGCCCCUCGGAUUCGACCGAUUUAAGACAUGCGAGUUGAUGGCCGAGCUGCUUCACUGCAGCAACAUGGGCUUGCUCAACGAAGUUGGUUCCGAAGAUGUGAUUGCGUCUAGAGAUGCCGAGCGUCAGCGCUUGAGAACGGAGGGUAAGCUUACCCCAAACCGCGGAGAAGAAGCGCCUUUGUCCAGCGACGAUUUGACGAUGCGCAUCGGCCAUUCUUCCCCCGAGGAGGGACGUCGUUUAGAGGUAACCAAUAUCUCAGACGAUGACGGAUUCGAAGAGGUUGAACCAAGCCGCGAGAUGAACGAGGACACGUCCCACGAGUUUGUGAAAGCCGAAGAAGAGAUCCCCGCCGCCGCGCCAGCUUCGUCCUUUUUGGACAAAGACGAGGACGACUUUGUGGACGAGCCGCUCAGCUCGCCUAGACUCAACGUCGCGGACAAUAAGAUCAAGGAGCAGCAGUUUGACGACCCGGAUCUGGUUGUCGCGCCCCUUUCGCCAAUCAAGCCCAAGACCGCCGCGAGCGAGGAGGCUGCUGCUGCACCAGACUCUGAUCCCAAGGUUGACGAGGACACGAUUCCGGAAGUUGCUGACGCUAAGAGUGAAGUGCCAGCUGAGAAAGAGACGGCUACUGCAGAGACAGGAAAGGACGCGAAACCCGACUCCGACGCCGACAAGACCGCCGAGGACGCCACCGUCACCAAGGUGGAGGAGCUCUCGCUCGACGAGAAGGCAGACCAAAGCAUGCUUGCCGAGGACAACCAGAAAGGCGACGAGUCUGACUCGUCUGUCGUCUACACUCCCAGUGCCACUGAGUCGGAGGCAAAACCCGAGCCUGCAGAGACCGCCCCUGGCGCUCCCGACGCUCCCCAGCAUCCCGAAGACAUGCCUGCGCCUUUGUUCUCCAAGUCUGUGAUUGAAUCCGGCUCGAAAGUAGUAAAGGGAGAGUCGGACCAGGAGCACAAUCCAGAGACUGUGCCAGCUCCCGAGGUUCCUAUGGCUCCUGCGGUUCCCGAAGUGCCGGAGGCCCCGGCGCCUCCCGGAGCGGACGACGCCGCGGAGAAGGACGCCAGUGAUUUGCCGCCUGCGGUGCCCCAGCGCCCUGACCCAAGCACUGUGAAGCCGGUGGUUGGCGAUUUCCUAAAGGUUCAGUUUGUGGAACACCGUGUUGUACCCACAAUUCUGUCUUUCUUUUUUGCUUACCCGUGGAACAACUUCCUCCAUAAUGUGGUAUAUGAUAUCGUUCAGCAGGUUUUCAACGGGCCUAUGGACAGGGGUUACAACCCCACCCUGGCAGUAUCACUGUUCGAGGCUGCGGAUAUCACGACGGCCAUUAUCAACGGCCAACUCGCUAGCGACGAGUCGCAGGCUAGGAUGAAGACUCGCAUGGGUUACAUGGGUCAUCUGACUUUGAUCGCUGAAGAGGUGGUCAAGUUUACAGAACGACACCCUCCCGAGCUCCUGUCAGAGACAGUCCUCGAACGGGUUAUGGACCCACGAUGGAUCAACUACGUCGAGGGUGCGUUGGCCGAGACCCGCGAGCGAGACAAUGCCAUUCUCGGUGGCGUCCGGCCCGAGGUGGCGCUGGGCAACCGCGCUGGCAUGUCUGGCAACGGACUGGCGGCCGUCGGCCUUUCUGGCCUUGGAUCAUCCUUUUCCAACUCCCAAGGAAACACCGGCUCCAGCGCCCUGGCUGACGCCGGCCUCAACGGCAAUACGGACCUCCAAGAGAGCAGCGGCAACGGCAUCGGUCCAUUUGCCAUUAGCUCAGGCACUCUCAUGUCCGGCUUUGGCAGCUCCAGCGACGAAGAAGACGAAGGUGAAGAGGAGAACGAGGAUGAUGUCAGUAACGAGUGCGCAGAUGAGAAUGAAAGAUCCUGUUGUAUUCGCAGAACCCAAGAGGAUACCGCCGACGGCGCCGGCUACGACAUUGGACAUGAGAUAGAAGUUGUGGUCGAAGGCGACGAGGAAACUGUCCUUGUAUUCCAGGACGAUCAGGAGAUUAGGGACAACGAACUCGGCGACGAAGAGUCGGACGAGGACAUGUACAUGAUUCGACCUUCCCUUAGCAUGAUGGCAUGGCUUAGACGGACAAUGAACAGGAAUGGUGUGGGUGAAGGCAUGGAGGAAUAA